AUCACAUAUCUAAAUGCCAAUCCAACUGAGAUCUCUUCAAAUCAAAUAUCAGAAAUAGCCAACUAAACAUAAUUGAAUAACUUAUAUUUCUGCUCCACAUUUCAAAACCAACACACGCAGCAACAACGAGACCACCACCAACAAACCCAACAACAACAGCAACAUAAAGGAAAGCCCCACAAAAAAUUUAGCUGUUUUCCUAAUAAUUUAAUAAUGACUCAAUCUGAAAAUUCAAGCCGUAUGGAUUCGGAUCAGGUUUUUCAUGACGCUAUUCACGGAUCUAUGGAGUUGCCGCCUCUCUGUGUAGAGAUUAUCAAUACGAUACAAUUUCAGAGAUUACGGAACAUCAAACAAUUAGGUUUGUGUUAUUAUGUUUUUCCAUCAGCUUCGCAUAAUAGAUUCGAGCAUUGUCUGGGGACAUGUUACUUAGCUGGGAAAAUGGUUCGCCAUCUUAAACAGCAAAAUCCCGAUCUGGAAAUAUCUGAUCGAGAUAUACUUUGUGUUGAAAUUGCUGGUUUGUGUCAUGAUUUAGGACAUGCGCCUUUUUCUCAUGUCUUUGAAGGUUUUAUUAAUGAAAAUCGAAGACCAGAUAAUAGAUGGAAACAUGAAGAUGCAUCAUGUAAAAUGUUGGAUCAUCUUUUUGAAGAGAACCCACAUGUUAGAGAAGAACUUGAGCCUGAUGAAAUUGCUUUCAUAAAAGAUCUUAUCAUUGGUGAAUCAGAAAAUUCCGCGAGACCACAAUUUCUUUACCAAAUUGUCAACAAUAGAGACUAUAACAUCGACGUUGAUAAAUGGGAUUAUCUGGCGAGAGAUUCCCAUUUUCUUGGUAUUGGAAAGUCAUUUGAUCACGAAAGAAUGAUAAAAAUGUCCAGAGUCAUAGGUGAUCAAAUAUGCUACAGAGACAAAACUGUUGAUAAUUUCUUUGAUAUGUUUUAUUCCCGAUAUCGAUUACAUAAAACAGCUUACCAACACAAAACUGUUCUUCUGUUUAAUACGCUACUUUGCGAGACCUUAAGAUCCGCAGAGAGACACCUGGGAAUUAUCGAAAAUGUCUACGAUAUGAGGAGAUUUACUUAUUUUACAGAUAGUAUUUUGGAGGAGAUAUUAAGGAAUGAGGAUAAUGAAAACCUCAGAGUGGCUCGGAAUACAUUGAAUGAUAUAAUCAAACGAUCUUAUAGGUACAUAGGCACAGUCGAGGAUGGAAAUGACCAAGGCGAAGAACCGGGCAAUAUAGUCUGUGAAGCUAAUUUCGAUUAUGGAGCUGGAAAUGAAAACCCACUAGUGAAAAUCCCAUUUUAUGAAAGAGGAAAUAUGCAUGAAUCAUUCAAUUAUAAUCCAGAUGAACUAGAAGAGAUGCUGUUUCUGCCAGGCACAUUUCAACUGAAUGUCAGAUAUUGUUUUGAAAGGAUAUAGGAAGAGCCAAACAAAAAUGAAGUUGAAAGAUAAGAGAAAAUGAUUAAAAUAAUAAAUAAUAAUUACUGGAUAUAAAAAAAAA